UCAAAUUUCAGCUCAAAUAAAAUAAAAUCAAAAUCCAUUUCUUUAAUACAAAGAAGAACAGAAAAGAAGAAAGUUUUUUCUUUCCCAUCUCUACACAUAAAAAAGAAAAAAAAAAACGAAGCUUGAAUUCAAAUCAAUCAAAUAACAAUCUCUGUUUCUAAAUUGUUGCAAAUGGCAUCAUCUGAUUCAACUCCUGCUGUUCCCAUCUCUGCACCUCUAGCUCCUAAGAAGGAGAACAACACUCCCGUCGGCUCAAAAAUUGCUGAAUUGAAUGAAUCAAGGGCUGAGCUACUCAGUAGAAUUCAAGGAUUGAAACUGGAUCUGCAAAAUUGGAGAUCAAAAUUGGAUACCCAAGUUAAAAUUUACCGCGAUGAGCUUACAGACCUGAAGAAAACACUUAAUGUUGAAGUGGAUCAACUCCGUACUGAAUUUCAAGAUCUAAGGAACACACUCCACCAGCAACAUGAAGAUGUUACUGCAAGCUUGAGAAAUUUGGGGGUACGGCUAUUAUCAAGUUCUUUCAAAUAUCGAAAAGUAGUGUUUUGCAGCUGCAGGAUGUUUCAGAAGGUGUUAAAGAUGGUGAAGAACAACCCAAGGUUGAAGCAAAAGACGAGGAAAUGCAAACACCAGCCAUAAAGGAAAAUGGCAAGGAAAUGGAGAAUUAGGUUGGUUAUGAAUGAAAAUGACCAUUCUUGUAUUUUGAACUAUAUUAUCAUGUUUCUUGGGUUACAAAUUCCAAGAUUAAUAUAUGGUAUCGACAAUUUAAUUUACAUUGCAUUUUUUGGAGCAUUGGGUAUUUUUGGUAAAAGUAUCAUUGUACUAGGAGUCAAAUUGUAUUUUGAUCUCUUCACUUAAAACAUGAGUAAAUUGGUCACUCAAUGUUAAAUUAAAGAGUAAA